AUGCAAAACUUCCAAUUUGUUCUUGGCAUGGAAUUUGCCACUGUUACAAUUUUAAGGAAUGCAAUAAGGGAGUACUUUAUUGAAGGUGAUCGAGAAUAUGUAUUUAUUGCCAAUGAUUCAAAUAGAGUUAGAGUUAAGUGCAAGGGUGCAAACUGUGAGUGGAUGUUGCUUGCUUCAAUAGUUAACAAGAUAGAUGGCAAAACAAUGAGGGUCAAAACACUUGUUGACAAGCAUAGUUGUGUCAUUGUUUUGGACAAUAAACAGCUGACCUCAACUUGGCUUGCAAAGCAAUUUUUGGAGCAAUUUAGACUAAAUCCGAGUAUGGAAUACAAUGCAUUUAGGGAGAUAACUGCAAAGACCAAGUACUCACGUGUGUCUAGCUGGACAUUUUACAGGGCCAAGACAAAAGCAAGGAAGAUGUUGGAUGGGUCUGUCAAGGAACAAUACACCAUUCUUGAUUACUACGGUAAAAGGUUGUUGGAUACCAAUCCUGGCUCUACUGUGAAGUUGAAAACUUAUUUGGUUAAUGGAAGAAGGCACUUUCAGCGUAUUUAUAUUUGUCUUAAGGCAUGUAGAGAUGGCUGGUUGGGGGGUUGUAGACCUCUAAUUGGUCUUGAUGGCUGCUUUUUAAAAGGUUAUUCUAGGGGCACUUUAUUGGCUGCAGUAGGCAUUGACGGUAAUAACUCCAUGUUUCCCAUUGCAUACUGUGUUGCUGAAAAGGAAAACACUGAGGUUUGGACUUGGUUCUUGGAGCUAUUGAAGAGUUUCAAUGCAGCCAUACUUGAUGCUUGCGACAAGCCAAUUAUAACUUUACUAGAGAAAAUUAGAUUUUGGUUGAUGUUUCGGUUUUAUAACAAAAAAGCUGAGUUGGAGAAGAUGACUCAACCUGUGGGGAAGAGAAUUUUGAAGAUAAUUGAGAAGCAAAAAGAGGCUGCAAAGCAUUGUCUGGUUACUAGGUCUGACAAGUUUCAGUUUCAGGUUCAAUGCAGCAAUGGUAGUGCCUUGGUUGUCGAUUUGGAAUUCAGAACUUGUACAUGUAGGAGGUUUCAACUAUCUGGGCUUCCUUGUGGCCAUGCACUAGCUACUAACUGGUUCAUGGGAGGUAAUGUCUUUGAUUAUGUCCACGGAUUCUAUAAAAAAGAAUCAUUGCAAAAAGCAUAUGAACAGAGUGUGCAUCCUAUGCCUAGUCCAGAUAUGUGGCCUCAGACAGGACUCAACCCAAUUGAUCAACCACCUGAGACAAAGCUGCCUGGAAGACCUAAGAAAGCUAGGAGAAGGGAGACAGAUGAACCUCCACCUUCUUUAAAGAAAGCUCGAAGAACUGGACAAGUUAAAACAUGCAGCAAUUGUCUGAAAACAGGCCACAGGAGAGAAACAUGCAAAUCUGCUAAGGUGGUUGAGAAUCGUGUGGUCAAAAAGCGAGGUCUUCCACCACUGCAGAAACCAACUGAAUCCACACUUUUAAGGAAGGAAAGAAGACUGAAACAACAUGCUAAAGGAGGAACUAGUUGUGCAAAGAAUGCUCAACCCGAUACUGUCUGA